UUCACGCGUGAAGGAGGGCUUUCUUCUCCCCCGUCUGGUACGUUUCCUGCGGAACUCACAAGCAUCCUCCGCAGCUCCGGCCAACCAGCUACAGCCACAGAAGGCGUGGUGCAGGAACUCUCGUUAGCUACUAGGAGAAGAGAUGAAGGACAUAAUGGGGAUCCCCGGGACGCUGGGCGGCUUGGCGCUGCGGGUUUCGCAGUUCGUGUGCGCUGCCGGUUCUCUGGCAGCCAUGCUCUCCGCUUAUGGCUUCUCCAACUACAGCGCCUUCUGUUACUUGGUUCUUCAAAUGACCCUGCAGCUUAUUUGGAGUUUCAUCCUUGUUUGUAUUGAUAUCCAUUCUUUGAAGAUUAACUGGGACCUUCGCAGCACUGGGAAUUUAUGGAAGUAUGUUAUAGGUGACUGGAUCUUGGCGAUCGGCUCACUGGCAGCAGCUUCUUCCGCUACCGCUGUGGCCAUUCUUCUUGCGAUAGAUGUCGAAUUCUGCAGGGUGAACCCGUAUCUCUCAUGCAGCCGGUACAAGGUUUUUGUCAUUCUAGCAUCCAUGGCAUGGUCAUUCAUAGCUGCAUCUGCAGGUUCCACAUUCUGGCUGCUUGUUUCACUUUCCGAGUAACUUCUUGUGUUCGAUAACCAUCCUGUUGCAACUCUGCUUGAGAAAUUUAAAAUUUAAUUAGAAUGGAAAUGUAGCUGUUGCCCUGUGUAGAUUUACAAUGUACUUUGUCUGAGAGAUUUCUCAUAGUCUAACAGCCAUUCAAAGAGCCAUGGAAGAAGGAUUCUGUAUGUUGGUGGGAGAGGACGAGACGUGAACCAUAUUA